AUGAGCGACGUUUUGGACGCCCUCACCGCCGAGGAGCGCCGUCUUUUUGAAAACAAAAAAAGAGAUCAAUACUACAAACGAUGGGGCACUUAUCUUAGUGAAAGACAAUGGGCCACUGUCAGAGAGGACUACUCAGCUUCUGGACUGGCCUGGGACGAUUUCCUGUUUGACACGUCCCGCCUGAGAACCUACCGUUGGGGAGAAGACGGCUUGUGUGGUUUUUGUGAUACCAGACAGUUGGUCAACUUGCUGUUGGCACUUUGGAACGAGAAGGACCAUAUCUUGAAGGAGAAGCUUUUCGGUGUCACCAACUCCCAGGGUAACCACGGUGAGGACGUGAAGGAGUUGUACUGGUACCUUGACAACACGCCCACCCACUCGUACUCGAAGAUGUUGUACAAGUACCCGCAGGCCGAGUUUCCCUAUGACAAGUUGGUUGAGGAGAACGGGAAACGUAGCCGUUUGGAACACGAGUACGAAAUCACCGACACGGGCAUUUUCGACGAGCAGCGCUACUUUGACGUGGUGUACGAGCUGGCCAAGGCCGACGAGGACCCCGAGGAGCUUUUGUUCAGAAUCACCGCCUACAACAGAGGCCCUGAUGCUGCUCCUUUGCACAUCUUGCCCCACCUUGUUUUGCGUAACUACUGGGCCUGGGGCACAGAGGAGUCCUUGCAUGGAAAGCCCACGUUGAAGCAGAUCGACAACUACACCAUCGAGGUGGACCACCCCAAGUUCGGCAAGAGAUACUUGGUGUUUGCGCCUGCUCCUGGUUUGACCGAGAAUCUGCCUGACGUGGAGCCAAAGUUGCUUUUCACCGAGAACGAAACCAACCACAAGCGUCUCUACGACCAGCCCAACGAGGUGGACUACGUCAAGGACGCUUUCCACGACUACGUGGUGCAGAAGGACGAAAAGGCCGUCAACCCGGAAAACGUCGGAACCAAGGCCUGUGCUUUGUUUUCCUUCAACGAGGACGGCGGCGUGCCUGCUGGCGACUACGUGACCAUCCGUUACAAGCUUACUGACAAACGUGGCGACAUCGAUGAAGUAGAGUUUGACAAUGUCUUUGAGAGAAGACAGGACGAGGCCGACGCUUUCUACUGGAAGGUCUCUCCCUUGCCUAUCACCGACGACUUGCGUCAGGUUCAACGUCAGGCUUUUGCUGGUUUGUUGUGGACUAAGCAGUUCUACCAUUUCGUCCACAGCUACUGGUCCAGUGGUGACCCUAAUACACCUCCACCGCCCGAAAACAGAGCCAAUGGCAGAAACAAGGACUGGAAGCACUUGUACAUUGACGACGUGCUCUCUUUGCCGGACAAAUGGGAGUAUCCCUUCUUUGCAGCCUGGGACACCGCUUUCCACUGCAUUCCAUUCGCCAUGAUCGACCCUGAAUUCGCCAAAAAGCAGUUGGAGCUUUUGACCAGAGAGUGGUACAUGCAUCCCAACGGUCAGUUGCCAGCCUAUGAGUGGAAUUUCAGUGAUGUCAACCCUCCAGUCCACGCCUGGGCUACCUACAGAGUGUUCAAGAUCGAAAGAAAGAUGUACGGUGUGGAGGACUUGGAUUUCUUGGAGGGAGUGUUCCAGAAAUUGUUGCUUAACUUCACCUGGUGGGUCAACAGAAAGGACUUCAACGGAAACAACCUUUUCGAGGGUGGUUUCUUGGGUCUUGACAACAUUGGUGUUUUCAACCGUUCUGAACCUUUGCCCACCGGUGGUACUUUGCAGCAGUCCGACUCCACAGGCUGGAUGGCGUUCUACUGUUUGCAGAUGUUGAACAUUGCUUUGGAAUUGGCCAAGACCCGCCCAGUUUACGAAAACAUUGCAUCCAAGUUCUUUGAGCACUUCUUGUUGAUCGCUGAUGCCAUGUCGUACAGAGGUGCCACAAAGGCCGAUCAGCAGCCCACUGAGCAGUCAUUGUGGGACGAAAACGACAAGUUCUACUAUGACGCCAUCCAUUUCGAUUCUCAUACCCAGUCUUUGCCAGUCAGAUCCUUGGUCGGUUUAAUUCCAUUGUAUGCUUCUUUGACCUUGGAACCCGAGUUGUUGAACAAGUUCCCCUCGUUCAAGAAGCGUUUGGACUGGUUCAUUGAGCACAGACGUGCUAUCGCCGAGAGAAACAUUGCUUCUAUGACCCAUCGUGGUGUUGGUGAGCGUUUGCUUUUGGCCUUGGUCAACAAGGAGAGAUUGGUGGAUAUUUUGGAGAAAAUGUUGGACGAAAACGAGUUCUUGUCUGAGUUCGGUAUUCGUUCGUUGUCCAAGUACCACGAAGAGCACCCAUUCGAGUUGGACGUUCACGGUCAGAGAUACGAAGUCAAGUAUCUUCCCGGUGAGUCCGACUCCGGAAUGUUCGGUGGUAACUCCAACUGGAGAGGUCCUAUCUGGUUCCCAGUCAACUUCCUUCUUGUGGAAUCCUUGCAAAGAUUCUACUUGUACUACGGUUCUGAGUUGAAGGUCGAAUGUCCUAAGGGCUCAGGUGAGUACUUGAACUUGGCUCAAUGUGCCCAAGAGAUCCAGCACCGUUUGAUGCAUUUGUUCCUUCCCGACAACAACGGAGUCCGUGCUUGUAACGGUGGCAAUGAUUUGAUGGACCACGAUCCCCACUUCAACGAAUACGUGCCCUUCUACGAGUACUUCGAUGGUGACACAGGCCGUGGUUUGGGUGCUUCUCACCAGUGUGGCUGGACCGCCGUGGUUGCCAAGUGGAUCCAUGACAACGGUGUCACUUGCAGAGCUCCAAAGACGCCUAGAACGCCUAAACCAGAAAGACGUAACUCUAUCCACUCGUUUGACCAAGACGAACCCACCAAGGAGAGUGAGGAGGAUGAAUUGAUCAAGACAUACACUCCAAAGGUCGGCCCAUUCCCAUCGAGACUUGUGAGAAGAAAGUCUGGAAAGUCCUUGCUCAACUUGACCAUCAACUCGUUGGAUCUUGGUGGAGAUGAGGAGCUUGAUGCUGAAAAGGAAGUUCCUACUUUGGAGAGCGGCUUGAAGAAUGUGACCGCCGAGUUGGAUGAGUACGGCUUGACACCCUCUGUGUCUCGGUCCUCUGUUGACUCCCGUUUCGACGAUACCUUGGUCAGCCAGAUCAAGGCCGCCUUCCACAAGUACAAGAACCGUACUGAUGAGGAUGAGGGCGAGGAGUUUGAGACCAGACACUGA